AUGCUGCGCUCUUCGAUUGCUCCGGGUCGGCAAUUGCUGUCGAACCCUAUUCGCCAACGGAUCCCGUCGCAAUGGCUGUCCAGAGCCGGUGCUAGCAACCGACUCGCCGGUCAGCGAUUCUUUGCCGAUUCUAAGCCUCCUACCACUGGUGGCCCUACGCCAGUUUCCCCUUCCUCCGAGUCCAGUGUCCCUCCCGAGACUGUUGUGAAGGCUGCUGAAGAGUCUAAGCUCCCUCCCCCGCCUGCUCCCCGCAAGACCGGUCGUUUCCGUCGUUUCUUGAUUUACCUGAUUCUCACUUCCGGUCUCGCCUAUGGCGGCAGCAUCUUCCUCGCCCUGAAGUCCGAUAACUUUCACGACUUCUUCACCGAGUACAUCCCCUACGGCGAGCAAUGCGUCCUCUACUUCGAGGAGCGUGACUUCUACCGCCGCUUCCCCAAUGCCUCGAGACAUCAGAACCGUCUCCCGGUCACCCCCAGAGAGGAAGGAAACGCUGUGACAAUCCCCAGCAAGAGUGGAUUAUCUUGGAAUGUUGCCAGUGAAGAAAAGGCCGAUGAAAAGGCAAAGACAGAUGCCAGUGCCCAUGAGGCUCACACUAAGUCCGCAACUGCCAGGCCCGAAGAGCGCAUGGCUGCGGUCCAGAAGGCCAAGGACGACAAGGCCACCAAGACCGCCCCUAAGGAGGAGUCCAAGCCCGAGGAGAAGAAGACUGUUUCUCUGGAGGAGCCCAGACAACCAGCUGUUGCUGCUAGCACUAUUGAAUUGCUUCAGAUGCAGGAUGGCGACGACUCCGUUGUCCAGGACCUGGUCAAGACAUUCAACGAUAUCGUCACAGUAAUCAGCGCCGAUGAGAACUCUAGCAAGUACUCUGCCCCUGUCGCCAAGGCUAAGGGCGAGCUGCAGAAGAUCGGCGAGAAGAUCGCUGCCAUCCGCAGCGAGGUUCGCAACACUGCCCAGGAGGAGAUCAACAAGGCCCACGCCACCUUUGAUGAGUCCGCACGUGAAUUGAUCCGUCAGUUCGAGGAGGUUCGCUCCACUGAUCUUGCCUCCUUCCGCGAGGAGUUCGAGGCUGAGCGUGAGAAGCUCGCCCAGGCCUACCAGCAAAAGGUCUCCACCGAGCUCCGUCACGCCCAGGAGCUCGCCGAGCAGCGUCUCCAGAAUGAGCUUGUUGAGCAGGCCAUCGAGCUGAACCGCAAGUACAUUCACGAGGUCCAGAGCCUCGUUGAGCGUGAGCGUGAGGGCCGUCUCAGCAAGCUGAACGAGCUCACUUCCGACAUCAAGGAACUCGAGUCCUUGACUGCCGGAUGGAGCAGCGUCAUCGACACAAACCUUAAGACCCAGCAGCUUCAGGUUGCCCUCGAUGCCGUCCGCACCGUUGUUGAGCGUGCCGAGACCCCUCGUCCCUUCAUCCGUGAGCUUGUGGCCGUGAAGGAGCUUGCUUCCGAUGAUCCCGUUGUCGAGGCUGCCAUUGCUUCCAUCAACCCCACCGCUUACCAGCGUGGUAUCCCCUCCCCUACCCAGAUCUUCGACCGCUUCCGCCGCGUCGCCAGCGAAGUCCGUAAGGCUAGCUUGCUACCCGAGGAUGCUGGUGUGGCCAGCCACGCCGCCAGCCUUGUCCUGAGCAAAGUCAUGUUCAAGAAGGAUGCCGUGUCCGAGGGUGAUGAUGUAGAGAGCAUCCUGGUCCGAACCGAGAGCUUGUUGCAGCAGGGUGACAUUGAUGCCGCCGCUCGCGAGAUGAACACGCUCCAGGGCUGGGCCAAGAUUCUCAGCAAGGACUGGCUGGGUGAUGUCCGUCGGGUUCUCGAAGUCAAGCAGGCUCUCGAGGUUAUUGAGGCCGAGGCCCGCCUCCAGUGCCUGCGUGUUGAGUAA